AUGAAGGUCUUCGAGGUAGCGGACCUGCAGCAACUCUGGGACGAAACGGUGGCGAAGGACUCGAUAUUCCGGGCAGCCUAUAAGGCAGUCCGCGAUCGCGAGCGUGCCUUCCCGCCCUCGCUGGGCCUGAAGAUCCAGAUUUCAGAAUGGAAGGUACGCUGGCUAUUGUGGCUCGGCGAUUCUACUGGCCUGGGCAGUCCCAGCUGGUUCGCCGAUCGACCCCGAAGCCAUUUGUCCAUGGACUUCAUCACAGAUCUGCCGCCUACUGGACCGAGCAAGGCAAGGUACCUGUGGGUGAUUGUGGACAGACUGACAAAGGCUGUGACCCUCGAGUGUCAUUACCGAUUUCACGGAAUGCCACGGUCCAUCGACGACUGGGGAGAACUGCUCCCUGCCGCGCAGCUGGCACUCAACAAUCGUGAAUCCGCAGCGACCAAGAUCAGCCCCUUUUUCAGUGAGCAUGGUUACCACGUCGAUCCCAUCAGCGUCGAGGAAUCGGAAGAGCCACCGAGGCAUAGAGAGGAAAGCAGAGCUGAUAGCCUACUCAGUCGCCUGCAGGAGGUCAAUGAGUACAUGCAAGCAGUGAUGGCCUCCUCACAGCAACAACAAGAAGAGGCUGCCAACGCAAAGCGACAGCCUGCGGAGCGAUUUGAAGUUGGUGACAAGGUGUGGCUCUCGAUGGCAAACUACAGAUCGCCACGACCGUGCAAGAAGCUCGACUGGCUGCAUCACAAGUACACAGUCACGAAGGUAAUUAGUUCGCACGUUGUUGAGCUCGAUGUUCGUGGCUCAAUUUACCCGCGAUUUCAUGUAGAUGACGCACAGCCACCACCGGUACAAGAUGAGUCCGGCACGGAUCUGUGGGAUGUCGACGAGAUCCUCUGCGCGAGAUGGAAGAAGCGCGGACGAGGGGAAUUCAGGCAAGCACUAGUGCGAUGGACGGGCUACGCAGAGCCGACUUGGGAGCCAGUUGAGUGGUUGCAGGAACAAUUGCGAUGA